AUGCUAUCCAUGUAGGUAUUUUUGUGCACGUAAAAUAUGUGCUGGUUUUUGAUUUUCUUCGGCUUUGAGUUUUUCAUUCGCUUAAUAAGGAGGUUGGUUAAAUGGCUGCAGUCUCGCGAAUUUAAUUUUAAAAUGUCAAAAUUUGGGUAUUAAAAUGUUUCAAAUUGUAUACUUUUCAUCUUAAUUAUGUACUUUUUAGGUUAAACAUGUUAGAAACAAGCAGCCAGCUUUCUGAAGUCUCACUAUCUAUACCAAAUCCUCACAAAGACGCGUAUCCUUCGUUUGAUGGUCUAGGAAACCUAAAUUGGCACGCUAAAGGCCAAAAUGGAAGAGAAUUUACAUUACAUGAAGAGUUUGAAAGAAAGUAUUCGAAUUUCUGUAGUCAAAGAUUGGCUUCUCUUAUUAUGGGUAAUUCAUCUCGAGUAAACAGUAAAAGAAUGUCGAAUGCAUUGAUGGAUGACAGUCCCAAAAAUGUAAGAUAUUUUAUAAUAUUUUAGUGUAGAAUAAGUUUUUAUACCAAUACUCACGAUAUGAUUAUGAUUUAUCGAAGAAAAACGUUUAAUUUUGGCUUUUAUAUAUUGUUUUAGGUGCUUUUUUGCCGAAAAUUAGCGAAAAAAGCACGGAAUCUAAUCUUUUACAAGGAUUUUGGUAGAAAUUAACACGGAAAGGGACUCAAUAGAUUGUUUUUUAUAAUUUUGUACUUUUAAAAUUGAAAUUUUGAAUAUGCAAAGGCGUAAAAAGAACCCCGCACAGUGCUGUAUAUAAACUUUGACUUUUUUUAUAAAAAGUUUAUUAUAGUCAAACAAAGGUCUGAUUUUGCAUAAAAGGUGGCAUGUAUGAGCACGACUUUAAAAAUCUUUUGAUUUAUAAGUCCUUGGUUAUCUCACUGUGCAAUUCAUAGGUUAUAUUUUUGCACCGUGCAGUAAUUUAAAAAAUAUUUAUAGAAGUUUGUUGAUUUAAAAAGCUUUUUUGCAUUUUCAUAACUAGCCACAUUUUUGUAACCGUUGUAUCUUCAGGUGUCAGAAGCGAUUUGCUUGUGUUUGUCUUCAUUUACUCCUUCGCCACUGCUUAAAGUUAAUGUAAGUUAAUAUUCCUUAUUCAAUUCUUGAUUUUUAGGUGUCAAUUGGAUUGAUCAUGCUUUAUAUAUUUAUUAAGAGCAGGUUUGAAGUCUAAAUUUUAAUUUUUAGCAAACAAAGUCGGAAGAAGAGCUUCUCAAGGAAAUAGUGAAUUAUAAUGAUGAACAAUCUAAGUUUUUGCCAUCUAGACAAGGUUUAAAACGUGUUAACCUGCCACAUUUGCAUGAUGUCUUUGAGAAAACUCAAAGAUUUUGCACCUCUAACUUGUUACCUAUUGUUGAUCCGAAAAGGGCUGAGAAAUGGAGUCCAGUAAUAGAAGAAGAAAAGGCUCCAGAACCUGAACCAGAAGUGCUUGGCAAGAGGAAACGUGGCCGCAAGCCUAAAGGUUUGUUUAGACUUUAAUAUUUUUAUUUUUAGGUAAUAGUGAUCAAAACGCGGUUUAAAAUGUUGAGUUUUAGUAUUUUAUUUGAUGAGAACAGUUUUGUUUUCUAGUUUUUAGGUUAAAAACAAAUAAAGUUAAAUGCUCUAAAAUGAUGUAAAGGUCAUUAAUUUCAGUCCAAGAAAAGGAAUUCGUCGGUAAUACGGAUGUGGAAGAGAUUGUACCAUUAGUCAGCUCCAGAGGUCGAAUUAGAAAACGAAUUUCAAGCGAUUCUUUGGAUUAUAACCCGGUAAGUUGGCUUUAAAAGGACUUAAUUGUUUAGUUUAGAUUGCUUAGGUGUUGUUGUUUUUAAAUUAGAGGUCUACAGACUUUAAGACUAGUCUGAGAUUACUAUUAUUUUGUAUAUUUUAGCCUUGCACGGUGCGAGGUUAUGUUAAAUUUAAAAUUUUACAUAACUAAUUAUAAAAUAUUGAACAAGAACGUAUUUUAGGGCAAGUACGAAAGUUCAAAGAUCAAAGAAAAGAAACCAAGAAAGCCAUACACCCGAAAGGUGCCACUUAACAAUAAAGUUACACAGGCAGUAACUGUUGAUACCACGGAUUCCGCUCAAAAUAUUGAAGAAAAUGGAGCACCAGCUUCUAAAAAGAUCAAAUUGAGCUCGAUUAACGAAAGUGUAAGUGGAAGUCGCUCGGGGACUUUAAAUUCGUUCGUUAUAGAGGAAGUUCGCUAUGCAGGAGUUUUAAAUGGACGAUGUAGUGUCGGGCAAAGAAAUUUAAAGUUGUUCGUUAUAGAGAAGUUUUGCUAUACAAAAGUUCCACUUUAUGCUAAAUUAUUUUAGAUGACUUCUCCAUCCACUCUGUCACACGAUUCCGGCUUCGCUUCGGCUUCGUCGCCAGAUUCUUAUGAAAUGGCUAAAAGUUAA